AUGGUCAAUCCCGGUGUCAAGUUGAGAUCUUUCGGCGCCAUGCCUAUCCUCCUCGUCGUCGCGUUCCUGCUCAAUGUCGCGCCAACCGAAGCCUUCUUCCGUCACUUGUGCUUUGGCGAACUUGGCAAUGGACGCGUCGAUCCGAUCAUGGCUCCAGGUCAACCGUCGCAGCAUCUUCAUGUUAGCUUCGGCGCAUCUAACUUCGGCCUUGAUCCUACCCUCGACGACUUGUUGGUUUCCAACUGUACCAGUUGUUCCAUCACUCAGGAUCACUCCGUCUACUGGGCCCCGCGCAUGUACUUUGAGCACUCCAAUGGCACUUUCGAAAUGGUUCCUACCACUGGCGGCAUGACUGUCUACUAUUUUACCGAGAGCGGAGAAAACAAUGUCUCGUCGACUGCCUUUCCUCAGAACUUCCGCAUGAUCGCAGGUAACUCACUCAAGCGUGCUUACUAUGGUCUGGAUCCCUACCCUCCCAUGGCGGCCUGGAAACCCAGCGAUAUGACUCAGCAGGCUCUCAUGGAGAAAGCGCUCGGCUUCAACUGCAUGCAUUACGAUAAUGGGAUACCAAAUGAAGGUUCGCUGGAGCACCAUGGAAUGCGCGACAAGAGCUUUAUCGACGCCACCUGUGAAGAUGGUAUACGCGCGGAAUUGAUGUUUCCAUCAUGCUGGAACGGCAAGGACCUGGACAGUGACAACCACACCACCCAUGUUGCGUAUCCGAGUGAGAUCAAGUAUGGACUUUGCCCUGAAGGAUUUCCUGUCAAACUGCCGAUCUUGUUCUACGAGACCAUCUACCAGACCCAGCGCUUUGCUGGUAUGGACGGGCAGUUUGUGUUUUCAAACGGCGAUCCUACUGGCUAUGGCUAUCAUGGAGAUUUUCUUUGUGGAUGGGAAGAGGGUGUAUUGCAGAGCGCAAUCGACAGUACAGUCUGCACAAGCGUGAACAGCACCGGUCUCCAGGAAGAUUGCCCGAUUUUCUCCCUGCAGGACAGCGCAGCUGCGACACAGUGCAAGAUGGAGGUUCCAGAGGCUCUUCAGCAGGAACAGAUCGACCUUGUUCAGGAUUUGCCAGGCAACAUCAAAGUCCAGGCCGGACCGGAGCCAGCCAUGAUGCCAGGAGCUGCACCACACUCAGCGGCACCAUCAGAGCCUGCCAACGCGACUGCGCCAAGUGCGGCAGCAGAGCCAACUCUUCCACCAGUCACUGCUACAGUCCCGACCACUUCUGUCAGCCCAACAGUCACCAGCACUCCGGAUUCUUCACUCGCAGCGGCAGAUGGUCAAAUUACGUUGACGUCAACCUACAUGAGCGGUACUCUGGAAGUCCACAUGAUCCUAGUGGAAGACAUUGUCACGGUGACUGUAUCUGAGACUGCAGCUCCUACAGCGGCGCCACUCAAGCGUCACAUCCACAGACACAGUCAUGGAAACAGACUGGUCUAG